AGGUAAAUCUGUAGCAGAGGACCAGCAGCAGCAGCAGCAGCAGCAGCAGCAGUGUUGGUGCGACCAUGAGGUCAGAGGCCUUGUUACUCUACUUCACGCUACUGCAAAUAGCCGGGGCGGGCUUCCCCGAAGACAGCGAGCCUAUUAGCAUUUCACACGGCAACUACACAAAGCAGUACCCGGCAUUUGUAGGCCACAAACCUGGCAGGAACAACACGCAGCGGCACAAACUGGACAUCCAGCUCAUCAUGAUCAUGAACAGGACGUUAUACAUCGCCGCCAGGGAUCACAUAUACACGGUGGAUACAGACACUGCCAACAGUGACGAGAUCUUUUUCAGUAAGAAAAUGACAUGGAAGUCCAGACAGGCGGAUGUGGACACUUGCAGAAUGAAAGGGAAACAUAAGGAUGAGUGUCACAAUUUCAUCAAAGUCCUCCUGCAGCAAAAUGAUGACACCCUGUUUGUCUGUGGAACAAAUGCUUUCAACCCCUCCUGUCGAACCUACAAGAUGGACACCCUGGAGGCUCUGGGAGAGGAAAUCAGUGGGAUGGCACGCUGUCCAUAUGAUGCUAAGCAUGCCAAUGUUGCCCUCUUUGCUGAUGGCAAGCUGUACUCGGCCACCGUAACAGACUUUCUAGCGAUUGAUGCGGUCAUCUAUCGUAGCCUAGGAGACAGCCCGACUCUGCGCACUGUCAAACACGACUCCAAAUGGCUGAAAGAGCCCUACUUUGUUCAGGCAGUCGAUUACGGAGACUUCAUCUACUUCUUCUUUCGGGAAAUUGCUAUGGAGUACAACACAAUGGGGAAGGUGGUGUUUCCUCGGGUGGCCAGGGUUUGUAAGAACGACCGCGGCGGCUCACCCCGUGUCCUGGAGAAACAGUGGACCUCAUUUCUCAAGUCUCGCCUAAACUGCUCCAUCCCCGGUGACUCCCACUUCUACUUCAACAUCCUGCAGGCCGUGACAGAUGUCAUCCACAUCAAUGGAAGAGACGUGGUGAUGGCAACCUUCUCCACACCGUACAACAGUAUUCCAGGCUCAGCGGUGUGUGCCUAUGACAUGGCGGAGGUGGCCAACACGUUCACAGGGCGUUUCAAAGAGCAGAAAUCCCCAGACUCCACCUGGACGCCUUUUCCUGAAGAGAAGGUUCCCAAGCCAAGGCCUGGCAACUGUGCCGGCACUCCAUCCAUGGAGAGGUACAAGGUAUCCAAUGAGUUCCCUGACGACACACUCAACUUCAUCAAGAUGCAUCCUCUGAUGGAUGAGGCCGUCCCCUCCAUUGCCAACAGGCCCUGGUUCCUCAAGACCAUGGUCCGGUACCGUCUGACGCGCAUCGUGGUGGACAAUGAGGCCGGCCCCCAUAAGAACCACACAGUGGUCUUCCUGGGAUCCGAAAAAGGCAUCAUCCUCAAGUUCCUGGCCAACAUGAACAGCGGCUUCCUCAAUGAUAGCCUGUUUUUGGAGGAACUCAACGUCUACAACCCGGACAAGUGCAGUAUAGAUGGUGUGGAGGACAAGCGCAUCAUCGGGAUGCAGAUAGACAGCAAGAGUCACGCUUUGUGGGUCGCUUUCACCUCCUGUGUGGUUAAAGUGCCACUGUCUCGCUGCGAAAGACACGGAAGAUGCAAGAAGUCUUGUAUAGCCUCCAGAGACCCGUACUGUGGAUGGGUGUCAGAUGGAGCCUGCAAACAAGCGGUUGGCAACCCCAAAUCAGCCUUUGAGCAGGACGUGGAGCAUGGUAACACAGAUGGCCUGGGAGACUGCCAAAACACCUUUGUGGCGCUGAACGGCCACCAUCACCGCCAUCAUCACCACACCCUCUCACUCCCCACCUCGGCCCUACCCGAGGCCGCCGAGGGCCCGUUGGGGCGGAAGGACCCCCCCAUGAGCUCAGACAAAGGGGAGGACCCCUACGUAGCCGUGCCCUCUCAGACUCAGCCCGAAGCCAAUGGUGUGAUCCGUGAGAGCUACCAGAAGGGUCGUGAUCAGCUAGUUCCCGUGACCUUGCUGGCCAUCGCUGUCAUCCUUGCCUUUGCCAUGGGCGCCAUCUUCUCUGGCAUCAUUGUCUACUGUGUCUGUGACCACCGGCGGCGAGACAUGGACCUGACAGGCCGCAAGGAAAAGGACAGCCACCACCUCCACUCCCGCCGGGGGUCCAUGAAUAGUGUGACCAAGCUGACGGGCCUGUUUGAGACACAGGCCAAAGACGGACGCCCCGAGGCAAUCCUCACCCCUCUGAUGCACAACGGGAGACUGACGCCGAAUGGUAAGAUGCUGAUAAAAGCAGACCAGCACCACCUGGAUCUCGCUGCUCUGCCAACGCCUGAGUCCACCCCCAUGCAGCCACGUCGUAAGCCCAGCCGAGGCAGCCGGGAGUGGGAGAGGAACCAGAACCUCAUCAAUGCUUGCACCAAGGACAUGCCACCAAUGGGCUCCCCUGUGAUCUCUACAGACCUGCCCCUGAGGGCCUCGCCGGGGCACAUUCCCAGCGUGGUAGUCCUGCCACUGCCGCAGCAUCAGCACCAGCUCCAGCCUCAUCUGCAGCAGCACCAGCAGUCCUACCAGCACGAGUACGUGGAGCAGCCCCACCAUAGUGACCAUGGCAUGGGCCACGGUGUCAUGGACGACCAGGGGGCCACCCUGGAGUACAAGACAGUCAAGAGCCCCUGUCACAACCUCACCAUGGUGGAUCCAGAUGGUGUGCUGCCGCCACGUGUGCCCCAGCGAGAGGCCUCUCUCACUGUCCCUCCAGCCGUCCCACAGAUGGGCAAACGCUUGGAGGUCCACUCAUCAGUCUACGGGCUCCGGAAAGGAUCAGCAUCCGGCGCUUCCGGAUCCUCCGUCCUCAAGAAACACAACACCAACUCAUCUAACUCCUCCCAUUUGGCGAGACAUCACAGCUUCCGAGUGGAGACGCCACCCCCUGCGCCUCAGAGGGUGGACUCCAUACAAAUGACAGCACAGGGCAUAUCUCUGUCACGGCAGCCUGGAAUGAGCUCCUACGGUUCACUGCCUCGAACGGGCAUCAAAUAUCUCAAACCUGAUGUCCCCCCCAAACCCUCCGUAGUCUCACUCUCAACAAAAGUCAAGUCCAGUGACUCCUGCACAUAGUCAGCUAGUUAGCCAGUCAGUCCAAUGUGAACGGACAGUAGUGAAAGGUUUUUUCUGAAAGGGAGAAAAAACAGGGAAUACUGUACAACUUGCAUCUCCUUUUAGUGUUUUUUUGUUUGUUUGUUUUUGGUGUACAGUACAGUGAAAAAUGCAACACCGUUUUUUUAAGAAAACACUUUCUUUUUAUAUAAAUAUGUAAAUAUUCUACAAAUGGUUGUCGUCAUUUGUUGCCGUCAUCGAGCUCACGCUCUGGCUGGCUCCCAGUUCCUCUGUAAACACACAUGGGAACAUGUGCUACUGAAACAGAAGAAGAUGAUGCUUGUCCUGAAUAUUUCAUCCAACGGCGCCCUGUAGCAUCCAAGACGUCGGCUCUCUUGUUUGUGGUGUCUUUGGCCACCGGGACUUGACUUGAUACUUUAUCACGCUGGUAAAAAAAGCACACAAGAAGACAGUGCGAGGGGGUUCGGAGAAUAAUCGUUGUACAGUACCUUGAGGACUGGGAAAUCUGAGCGAGCGAGCACUCAGAGAGACUGAGCUCGGACUGAAAGGACAGACGGCUGAUCUGAGUUCUGUCAGAAACUGUGAAAAAGCCUCUCAGUGUUACAGCAAUCAAGUCCUGCCUGGGUAUGACCGAAAGCCUUGGCCAGAGGAAUCUUCUACUGUACUGGUUACUGAAUAACACAUGACUGUUAAUACUAAUAGCUUGUUGUAUUUAUUUUUAUUAAGUGCUUUUGAAAAAAAAAAAAAGAGACUGACUUUCUAGGCUCGGAGAGAGAGAGGGAGGACAGAGAAGAGAUCUUUUAAUAUUAAUUAAUCAAGUGUGAGAAAAAAAAACGUAUUUAAAGUCAUUAAACUGGAGCCCGUAGAACUUUCUUGAUGACUGAAGGUCCAUUAGGUCUUACUGUGCGCUCAGUGGGACCUGCAGCUUGAGAUAUAUGUGACCUCUGUGACGAGGAGGAGAUAUUUAUUUAAACUGUGCCAGACAGGGACUUUUACCUUCAUGGACCAGACUUUCCAUUGUUUUAGACCAAUCAUAAAAAAAGACUUCCUGAAUCUUACCCUUUCACUCCUCCAAUGAGCAUCCUCCCCCCUCCCCCCCCACCCCAAUCAGCACUGUGGUUUUGUGUGAGUCAGUAACAUUUGUCCUGAUUGGUUACUGGCUUACCGGUGCCAUCAAAGCUCACUGUUGCAUGUUGCAAAAUAUAUGAGAAGCAGCUGCAGCAACAGUACGGGAAUCUGCAUACACACACACAUAAAAAGAAGCUGUAAGUGACGCUGCGAGCUAACGGAGCGCUAUGCCUCCAUCUGGGAACGUUUUCUAGCGGCGCCGCGCAGAUGAGCAGGUGAAAAAGAAAACUACAAAAUCAUCUGUAUUGCCUGCUUCUUUUUCCACAUGUAAAUUUGUGCCUUACACCCUAAAGUAGUGACAAUGUUUUCUUUAAUAGCUGUUAACUUUGUCUCCUUGUAGUAUUUUUUUAUUUUUCUUACGUCAUGAUAUUUCCCUGGUUUGAUAAAAAUGCAAUUAAAGAAUGUAGGUGUUAUUGUUGUAAUUCUGGUCCCUAGACAUAACACACUUACAGUCCGGAGGGAGGAGAGGAAAGGAGGAUUUCCCUUUCUUUUUUCACUCUCUCUGUCACACACAUACACAUGCACACACACACACGCAUACACACUCAUCUUUGUGGUUCAUUUCUGAUUGUGCCAUUAAUGCGCUUAAUUAAAGCAACCCUUUAUGUUGUGCUGGCAGUGUCGAUGAAGACGUUGUGAGUGUUUUUGAUUUUAUAUUUUAUACAAUUUUAAAGUCCUGGUAUUUGUUUUUACUUUUUUUUGCUGUCUGUUGGUUUGGAGUGAUGGUUGAUUGAUUAACUGAACAAUUAACAUUUGUUAGUUGAGAAGGCCAGUGUAUGGGUAUCUUUCUGGUGCACUGCAAUAAUAAUGCAACACUAGCAAACACAUAGUGCGGGGAUACACAUAAGCACCCAGAGGUGUACUAACACAGCUCUAGGCUGCUUGUGUGCAUCGUAACACUCAGUUGUUAGGCGGUUGCAUAAACAGGCUGGUUCCUGUGAAGAAAGCUGACAUUUUAAAAACAUCAAUAUUAAAAAAAAAAAGUACCUUAUUUAACCCCCUUUUUGUAAGAGAAAACAGUUCGAGAAAGUUUAGUUUUUAUUUUUGCUUCACUAACUCUCCUUAUCAAAGCCUUAUGAACGGCUGAGAGUUCAACUAAUCUGACCUUUUAUCCGCUUUUACUCCCUUUUUACUUGAGGAUUUUUAUUGAUCACCCCCCCCGACACUUAAAUCAACGGAGCACUCCCUUAGUGUUGUAUGUGUAGAUAGGUAAAAGUUUCUUGAUAUCAAGCAAUUUUGUUUCUCAAUGGAGAAAAGCCAACUAUGUCUCAAUCCACAGCUGACGUGAGAAGGACCGUGUAGGAUCUGUGACCUGACUAACGUGUGUACAUAGACGCUUGCAGGGUAAGGUUGCAAAUGACGGGGUCACGUGCAACAGAUUAGGUUGAAGCAGGAGCCGGGAGGAGGCUGCCCCUUCAGAAACAGGUUCUGGGGUCAGCUGAGACAGUUAUCUCAGUGAAGGAGAAGUGUGUAGGGUUUAGGGGGGAUAUACUGGCAGAUAUGGAAUAUAAUAUAAUAAGUAUCUUUUCUUUGGUGUGUAAUUACCUGAAAAUAAGAAUCAGCAUGUGUUUGUCACCUUGAAAUAAGCCAUUUAGAGCAACAUAAGGAGCGUGUCCUUAUCCACGGAGUCCGUCAUGUUUCUACAGUGGUGCAGAAUGGACAAGCUAAACCUUGGCUCUAUGUAGAGCCAUUUGCGGGUUCGCAUCGGCUACUGUAGCUAUCAGCACCUCCGCGAUGAACCUAACACCAUCAGAAAAACACAGAUUUUUAACAUGAAACAGAUUUGGAGAGGAGAGGAAGAGACCUCUGCGGAUAAUUCAGCUCCCGAUAAAUACCUUCUGGAUAAUAACCACUUAAGGAAUCCUAAGCAGGAGUUCACGUUUGGCACAUGGGAGAAGUUUCAACUGUUUGCAGUCUGCAGUUCUCACCGCUAGUAGCCACUAUAAAUCCUACACACUGCUCCUUUAAGGCGAUAUGAUCUUCAAAGUGCAAAUGACCCACUAUUAGUAAGAAGGGGUGCGUUUACUCCAGAGCACCACUGCAUUGUAGAUUGGUUACUGGGCUCUACAGGGCCCUAUUUAACACCCUCACAUAUUACGAGGAGUGCAUGACCCAGCAACUUUCCCAGGCCUGGAAUAAUGCUGAUCUACGACUAAAUAUCUCUUGUCUUGAAAUGUUCAGUUGUGGCAGCUCACCUCGGAGAAUUACUUACACAGAAUGUGAACACGAAAAUCCAGGUCUGUCUAGGUCAAAAGGUUAAAUGUCCACAUCCUGUGUAGAUGAGUAAAUUUAGCUGUGGGUGCAUUUGAGAUUCUGUAACAUCGAGCGUUUGAUGUCAGUGGGGUUUGAACAUUUUUAAUGACUGGACUGGGUUUGACUGUGAAGGCUGCUGUGGACAGUGAGGUUCUUUGGUGUGUGCCUUUUUUGUCUUUCACCCUUGUUAUAAUACACUGCUAUUAGAUGCAAAUCGACUCUCUUCUCAACUUCUCAACCUUUUGAACUUUGUAAGCUUGUAAAAUAUUGUGACGUCACAAAGUUUUUUGCCCUACUCUCUCCACUUCCUUAACAUCUGAUUCACAGCUUAAUGUAUGUUGUAAAGAAAAAAACUCUUUAAUUUAAUGCAAAAUGUAAUUAAAAAAAAAAAAAGAAAAUAAAAUUCUUGU